AUGAAAUGCGUGUCGCAGUCCGGGGGGACUCAGACGACCUUUCGGGGGUGGGCUAAACUCAAGUACAUGGGUGAUGAUAUCGACGGAUUUAGGCGGUUGUUAUCCGGCUACAAGUCGACAAUCACUAUUGCCCUCACUGACGCCAAUCUCCGCGUAUGCUCUGCCACCGCCGAGACCAUUCGAAGCUACAAAGACCUUGUCGAGACAGCGCACAGUGACCUCCGGGCUCACCUCGAAAGUAUCGACGAGAAAAUAGGUGUCUUUCUCGCAGACGCCAUAUCGGAGACCGGCUCAGGCGCGCCAGAAUUGCAAACCAUGCAGGAAGAGCGAUUGAGCACGCAGCGAUGCCUUGAAAUUUGUGACCAACUGUCGAAGCAUAUCGAUGAAUUUCAGCUGGCCACCAAACGCAGUGGAAGCUCGUCCGAAAAUGAAGAGCCAGCUACGUUCCCCGAAAAGGUCGUCAAUGAGGGUCUGAAUGGGUGCAGGAAGACCCUUGACAACACAGUCGUGAAACUGGGACAACACGAGAAGGAUUUGUUCGAUCGCUUGAUGGGAAAAUAA